GCGAUCUAAACUUCCCCAUAGAAAAAUGGCGACUUGGGGCAGGUUAGGUGUUAGUUUGCGGAAUAUACUCAGAAGUUUGUCGUCUCACAGAAAUGUAUGGUAUAGUCGUGCUGUUGGGGUGGGACUGCUGGGCGCUGUUUUGGCAGGUGGAUUUACUCGUUAUAAGUAUGACACAUCACACAUCGUGUACGCGGAGGAGGCGGCGAAGAAAGCGGAGACCACAGUGCCAACAGUUUCAGCAAGGCGUCUGCGAUUUAACCAGUUUGCCUCCAUGAUCUAUGAACAUGAGCCAUAUAUGACACCUAGAGACUUCCUCCAUUCAGUCAUGCUGGAGAAGGUGGACCACAAACUACAGAAAAAGACGCUGACCAAAAGAGAUGUGGAGGAGAUGAUGAAGGUGGCUUCCAAGGCUGAGGCAGGAAACAAUCUAUUCAGAGGAAUCGGAGACAAAGGGCUUAUCUCUUACACAGAGUACCUGUUUCUCCUCACUAUUCUUACAAAACCUCAAACAGGAUUUCAUAUUGCUUUCAAAAUGCUUGAUAUUGAUGGCAAUGAGCAUGUGGACAAGAAAGAGUUUCAGAAGCUGAAGAAAAUAAUUCGCCCAAGGAAAAAGCUUCUAAAGCAGGGUGGGACAGAGGGUUCAGACACAGUUGAUGAGGUCAACACCACACUACAGGUGUUCUUCUUUGGGAAAAAUGGCAAGAACAAACUCCAGUACAAUGAUUUCUGCAGGUUUAUGGAAGACUUGCAAGCAGAGGUGCAAGAAAUGGAGUUCCUGCAGUUUUCUAAAGGGAUGAAGACCAUGAGGCGGGAGGACUUUGCUGAAUGGCUACUUCACUUCACCAACGAAGAAGACAAUGAGGCAUACUGGGAAAACAUGCGGAAGAGGAUCCCCGCUGGACAGAACAUCACCUUUGAUGAAUUUAAAGCAUUCUGUCUCUUUACCAACCACCUGGAGGACUUUUCUUUGUCAGUCAAAAUGAUUAGUGAUGCCAGCAAGCCAAUUGGAAUAGCUCAGUUCAAACGAGCAGUGAAGAUAGCUACAGGUCAAGAGCUUUCUGAGAACGUUUUGGACACAGUGUUUAAGAUCUUUGACCUGGAUGGAGACAACUGUCUAAGUCAAAAAGAGUUUCUCGCCGUGAUGAAAGACAGAGCACUUCGUGGGCUCAGGGUUCUACCCCAGUAUGGCUUUUCUGAUUACUGGAAAUGUGUGAAAAGAGAGACACUGCAAGCAGCUAAAGAGGCACUUCGGAACACCGGCAGCCCUGUCUAACAGGAGAAGGUCUGGCUGGCAUACAGUAUGUGACUGGUCAACUGUGGUUCUACAAAGUUCAUAUGCUUUUGGGGAGAAAAGUAAUACAUAAUUACUUGCCUACAAAUGCCAGGGUUUGUUUAUCUUGACUAGUUUUGAUGUAUAAUAUUAAUGAAUACAUUUCUAAAAAAUAUUUUUUACACAAGCCCAAAAUAUAUUGCUUAUGAAGUGAUAUUGUUAUUGACACAAACUUAUUAAAUUGUCAAAAAUUAAGAUUAAUUGUAUUUAAAACAAAAAAGGUAGUUUCAUGAAUGAGCUUUACCAGAAAUCUUGAAAUAAGAGGUUUCACUACUUGCCAAAUCUAUGUUGUUGUUUUUUGUUUUUUUUUCAGACGAUUUAUUUUGUGAAAUGUUAUGCAAUUUGAGGCCUGUGCACACUCCCACAAGAUUACACUGUUAGUUUGCAAAGCUUUUGCUUGUCUGGAUUGGACAUAACUAUGUAAUGACAAACACGUUUUAAUUGUAUUUCUUACAUGGGAUAUGGCUGUGGUAUUGUUUACAUACAGUAUAACCUUCAUUGUGUCUCAUGUUACGCUUUGAUGUUAAUGGAAAUAAUAACAUUAUCCUGUGGAUAAUCUGCAUGAAAUGAAGAUUUAAUGAAUCAUGUCAAACCUCUACCACACUUUUUCUGGGUGUAGUUGGUGC